AAGACCACUACUCGAGUAGGCUCAUUCCACUGGCCAAUUCACAUUUUCUCGCUUCCAGCCCUCGCUCGCCUACCGAAGUCAGUCCAGAGCGGGCAGACGUCCAGCCAGCCAGCCAGCGAAUCGUGUCGGUGGCACUGGCACAGAAGCUCUGGUGACAUGCAGCCAUGAAAAACUCUUCCUUGAGCGAUCCUCAUUCCACGCCAGGAGCCCCCUCCCAACCGCUCCCCAUCCCCGUCGGCAACCUUCCCCUACACUCCCUAGCGCGGUCGGUCCGUGGGUCAUCGAAGGGCUGUGGAAGCUUUCGAAGCCCAUGCAGCCGAGUGCACUCAGUGCAUUUUGUGGAGAGGCCAAUGGCCGGCGUCCCUUCACACCACCUGUGGACCACCCCCGUGGAACCAACCUGUCCACGCCUGUCAGCCUCCGGGAAGUGCCCCUCUUGCCAAAAUUGAGGGAAUCCCCUCCCUGACCUGAAAAGCUCCUCGUGAGGUCCACGGAGGCCUCUUUUCUUGCCCCUUGUGGUCAAGUGUGGUUUGAGCCGAAUCCGACGUUCCUCCACGGCGCGCCGGGUCCACAGAACGACGGGCACUCUCUGCCACGGGCCCUGAUCCGUUCUCGCUGCAGAGGCUGGCAGAAAGUCAAAUAGUAGGUCACACCUACCGUCCAGUUUCCAUGACCAAUUCCUUCUGGAUUUCAUUACCAUAUCAGUUCCAUCCACCUACCUUAUUACUUACUUGCCCUAUCUUUAUACCCUCAGCCUCGACCCUACGGUCCCUACCCGUUAUCAAUCCCCCAGCACUGUACCUACGUCAGAUCCCAGGUUCCAGUUUCCCGGGUCUGCAGCAGAAACAGCCGGGAAAGCUCCAUUUGAUCUGAUAACGGAUGUACUCGCCACAAUCGCAUUGAAGCCACCCUCCAGACGAACUCUUGUUCGUGCCUCUGCAUGUCAUUGAGACCGUGGAUAGGUUCAUAGCGUCUCCCGGUAUCGUUUCUUGCAAUCUGAUGUUGGGGUUGAUUGUGGGGCCGUUGCUUUAACAAGAAGAACCUCGAAAGUUAAAGCCAUGGCAGAUGAUAUGUCUAUUGACAAGAAAGAACCGACGAGGGAAGGCUCCGAGGAUUCGAUGGAGCUCAACUCUCCCACUCCAGAGGCUGAGACAGGAGCUCCUCAGGAAAAUGUUGGGCAGCAAAAGAGGAAAGGCGGCCGCAAACCUGUAUGAUAUUGUUGCAUGGCCCCGCCAGAUGUGUUCCGGUGUACUGAUAUGUGUGACAGAUUUAUGCUACUUCCGAGGAACGUAAACAACGCAACCGUCAAGCACAGGCGGCUUUUAGGGAGCGUCGGACAGAGUACAUCAAACAGCUAGAAGAGACCAUCCGAGUCCAUGAGACCAAUCUCCAUAACCUUCAAACAGCCCACCGUAGUGCUGCUGAUGAAUGUUUGAUGUUGAGAUACAAAAACUCUUUACUAGAACGAAUUUUGCUGGAAAAGGGUAAUGAAAUUGACUUUGAACAGCCUUCGCUGCGAACUUUUACUAACAGGUUUUCAGGAAUUGAUGUUCAGGCCGAGCUGCGAGCCAAGACAGGAAGCCCUCAUCUUGGGCCAACACAUAUGCCACAAAACAUGGCACAAGCACCUACUGUUCAAAGAGCUAUCAUGAACAGACACCACCAAGCACGGCGUUCACAAUCUAGCAUUGCGCCAAAACUCGAACCAGGAGCUCCGCUUCAGUCUCCACAAUCAAGGCCAACCCCAUCUUCCCAUGCCUCAUCACCAACUGCCAUUUCCCCAGGAUUUCACAAUCCAGGAGUUAUGACUCCUCCUGGCUCAGAUUCUCAAAUGCAAUUCCACCAGCAACAGCACCACCAACAACAAAGACUUCAAGCACCCCAGGCGGCUAAACAACCAAUUAAUCAAGGGAACCAGGGACUACCAGGACACGGCGGAUUAUUAGGAAACCAAGGAGUUGAUGCCCCUCUGGCACCAAAGGGACCAAGAGGAGGUGGGACGCAUACGGGAGGCACUCCGGCAGCUGCCGCGUAUUUUGCGUCCCCCAACUUCCAGAAUCAUUAUGAGCAACUCGGCAAGCUGACCCGCCCCCUAUUGUCAUUUUCAUUUUAUAGAGCUAUGUUCGUCCUAGAUUGAUUCCGUGAGUACAGAACAGGAGUACGAGUCGCAAGCCGACAUAAUCGAAGACGAGCCAGCCGAAUCUGGCCCCGGCCCCUACCCCGAACCGAUCCCUCAACCGCAACAUCCCAAUCAACAGCAAAUCCCGCAACAACCUGGCAUUGCCGGACAGCCCAUCAACAUGGGCGCUGGAGCUCAAAACUUCGGCUCGAUGACGCAAAUGCUCGAUCCCUACGAUCCCAUGCUCGACUUGGACCCAUUCGGACUCUCGGCUUCGAUGCAAUUUCCAUCUUCUUUUUCCUUUGACACGAGCUCGAUGAGAUAAAAGCAAAACAGAUACCCGAAUAGCACAAGGCAUAUGGACGACAGAAUGUGGGGCGUUUCCAUGGGAUUUUGCAUUUUUGGUUGGGAAAAAUGGUAUGUACUCAACUUUCUCCACAUGACUUAGCUUACCUCUCCAGGGUUGCAUAUCAGGAGGACAUAAAAGCUCAAAAGCA